AACAGACAAAGAGCGAGAAUCAAAGAUUCAUUGUCCAAAAUUCCUUCACCGUCUGAAUUACUUUCGUUAUUCUGAGUCCAGAAAUCGUUGUUUGUUUUCCCAUUUUACUUCAUGGCAGAAGAGCAGAGUAGAAAGCGGCUGAAACAUUCGCACGGGGAGGUGGAGCAGGCAACGGCGUCGAUCGACAGAAUCAGCGAAUUGCCGGAGUCGAUUCUCUGUCACAUCCUCUCUUAUCUCCGGACAAAUAACUCCGUAAGAACCAGUAUUCUAAGUAGAAGAUGGAGGUAUCUCUGGGCUUACGUCCCCAAUUUAUUUUUCCACAGCGAGAACCAAGAAAUCGUCAACAGUGUUAUGCUGCUGCGCAGAGUUCAAACCAUCAAUAUAUUCCGCCUCUUUCACGAGAUUGAAUGCAGCGACUAUCAACUGCAGACAUGGGUUACCUUCGCCACCUUACGGAACGUGCAAAAAAUCGAUCUUCGUUUUCUAUCUGAAGAAGAUGCUCUGCCUCGAUGCCUCUUCACCUGCAAAACACUUGUUUCUAUGAGGCUCCGCUCUUGCGGCGUUAUCCCCGUACGCCGCGGCGCCGUGUGUUUGCCUCACCUCACGAAGCUUCAUCUAAUUUAUGUUCAUUUCGAGGCUGAUGAGUCCCUUAUCCACCUUAUUUCCGGCUGUCCGGUGCUUGCUGAGCUGUCAAUCCAAUUAUCCCAUGGUACGGUUUAUCGUAACAUAUCUUCACCUACAAUUAAAAGGCUCAUGCUCAAUUUUCGAUCCCAUGGCAAUGGUGGUAGAUCCGACAGGUUGGAGAUAAAUACUCCUGCACUUGAAUAUCUCAAGAUAAGUGAUUCUUUCUCGGAGCAUAAUAAAUGUGGGAUGCUAAACUCCUUAGUUCAAGCAGAUAUCAAUCUUGUCACUGACCAUAACAUUCCAGACUAUGUUCUUUAUUCUCGAUCUCUGUUGGAAUUCAUUGAUAGGUUUUGCAACGUCAAGCGCCUAAAAUUAGUUUUAUCAUCUUGUCGAAAGAUUGUUGACUCGGUAGUCUAUGCUUCGAAUGCAAGUUUUCGUAACUUAACCAAACUCGAAUUGACUGCCGACGGCCGUUUUCUCUCCAAGUUCCUUGAAAAAGCUGAUAAUCUUGAAAUCCUUAUUUUUUCCGAGUUUUGUGGAGAAAUAGAAGAGUGGAAGGAACCCGAACAAGUGCCCAAAUGCCUAUUAUCACAUCUUAAAAUUGUAAAGCUUGUUAACGUCAAAGGUAAAAAGCACGAGUUUGGAUAUAUAGAAUAUCUUUUGUGGAAUGCUAAAGUCUUGGAGAGGAUGGAGAUAUCGUAUCCCGGAUCCCUUGCAUCUAAGGAAAAGAUUCAUCUACUCCAUGAGAUCUCAGUAUUUAGACGAAGAUCCAGUGCAUGUCAAGUUGCCUUUGCUCAGGCUGCAUAAUCAUCGUGCCUUUUGAUGCCUACAUUCGCUGCAAAAAUCAAAAACAAUGGUGAUGUCGACAUGACGGGGAUUUGAACUGUUUGAACGAAGAUAUGACGCAUGCACACUUUGCUUUGUUGAGGUUGUUUAGGCAUUGCAUAAUUGUUGUAGGAUAAAAAGUCUCUUAAUGACCGGUGUCAUCUAUUUUGUUGUGUGUUGGAAAAAAAAGUUGAAUUUCCACAAAACUUUGGUUGAAUAUUUAAGUGAAAUAAACAUAAUAUAUUUAUUUUGUCAAAACCAUUCUUGAAUAAAUGAUUUUUUUUUUUUUU